AUGACUAUGAUCCAAAACUGUAGUCGAACAAGACGUGCAAUUGCAAUUGUGUCCCUCAUAAAAAGAAUCACCGCGCAUCGUGACACUGAGAAUCCAAAUGUACCCGACGCUUCAAAUAUUGCUCAGAUUGUUCCUCAUGCCAAUCGGCCAAAAGAAGAUUUGCCCUCCGAAUUUGACGUCAUCACCAACCCGAAGGGCGGGAUUCGGAGUAUGGGCAUAAUGUCUCAGAGAUAG